GGCAGCACGGCACAGCAGCCUCCGGCUCCGGUGCGGCAACAAAACAAAGGGAUAAAUAGACUGCACUCCACCUCAUAAUUCUGAAUUGAAUGCGGACCUUACAAAAAAAAAAAAGACUUUCUUCCUCGUGUAUUUUCCUUUCUUUUUUUUUCUAUUUUUUCAAUCAUAGUUGAUAUUCGUAUUUCUUCAUAGCAGCGGCACCUGGACCUGGUUUCACAUUUCAUUUCCUCUUCCUCCCCUUUAUUCUUCUUCCCAUGGCUCCAACCUACCUUCUCUCCUUUCUUGCCUUUCUCCUCACAGUCUCUCCAACCAUCUCAACAAAUUCUGAAGGAAAUGCUCUCCAUGCCUUAAGAACCAGGCUGUUGGAUCCUACAAAUGUUCUGCAGAGCUGGGACCCAACAUUGGUCAAUCCAUGCACCUGGUUUCAUGUCACCUGUGACUCUAACAACCAUGUCAUCAGACUGGAUCUGGGUAAUUCUAAUAUUUCUGGCACUUUGGGGCCGGAGCUUGGCGGUCUCAAGCAUCUCCAGUACUUGGAGCUUUAUAAGAACAACAUCCAAGGGGAAAUUCCUGAGGAGUUGGGUAAAUUGAAGAAUCUUGUUAGCAUGGAUUUGUAUGGCAAUAAAUUCGAAGGAGAGAUCCCAAAGUCCUUUGCCAAGUUGAAGUCACUUAAGUUUCUACGUCUCAACAACAACAAGCUGACAGGAUCCAUUCCAAGAGAGCUAACUACCCUUUCAAAUCUCAAAGUCUUUGAUGUUUCAAACAACGAUCUCUGCGGAACAAUUCCAAUUGAUGGACCGUUUAGCAGCUUCCCCAUCCAAAGUUUUGAGAACAAUAACAGACUCAACGGACCAGAGCUGCAAGGACUGGCAUCUUAUGAUUUUGGAUGCUAAAAAUACAAGAACAUGUAGUUUUACAUCACAUGCAAAAGAUAAGGAGAACCAUUUGAAACUUGUACCGAAUUGGAUGCUAUCAUGGUAUCGAGGAGCUGACUGAUCUAACUGCACUGGUUUUCAAUUACAAAUAGUGGUUCUAUGCUUCUAUUAUUAAUUAAAGCUAGGGCUUCUGUUAAGAUCGUCGUCCAUCAUGGAGUGUACUCCCCAGAACAGUAUUUUAUUAUUUAUAAUGGCAAACGUACAUCAUGGAGGCCAAAGACAAUUCUACCAGGUAGGGCAUGAAAUGGAACGGCCGAGUGGAUUGAUCUGAAAA